AUGUGGAUUCAGCUUGAAGGUGCAGAGGAUCCUGUAGAGUUGUUUGCUGAUAUAACUCGUUUUAUUGUGAAACUUAGUCACGUGCUCAAUAAAGAAGAAUGUAUAAUUCCACAUUCUAGUGGUUCGUUUAAUUUGUUACAAAAAGAGGCCAAGGCACUUUCUGAUGGAGUUGAAUGUGACUUAGGCGACUUGAAAGUUCGAAUCAAGAACAGAAAGGCAAAUAGUGAAUGGAAACUCGAUGAAGUUUUACGAAAUAUUUAUCAUUAUAAAAGCGGUAUUCUCGAUGCAGAGCUUAAGGAUAAAAAAAAUGUCUUUGAGAAAGUUAACGUCAACGAAGCCACAACACGUGAGUUCAUUUCGGUCAUCCUGGUCAAUGCAGUUAAUCAUGUCAAGGAAAACAAUGACGCCACGGCAAAAUUAAUGGUAGAAGUUAAUAUUAAGGGAAGUCAUGGGUACAGUCCUUUAGAUUACGCAGUUUUAUUAUGUAAACAUUUUAUCUUAAUAAUGGAGGCAAAACCAUUGGAAGCCGAAAAAGGUAUCGCUCAAAAUUUAGCACAAAUGCACAGUGCGGCCGAGAUGUUAAAAAAACGAAAAAUUGAUCAAACAGAUUUUGAGACAAUGCCAAUAAUUGGUGUUGUAACAACUGGAAUGGCAUGGCUUUUCAUUCGCUAUAUUGGUCCAAUUGAAUCCGCACAACUUGAAAUAUCUAAUGAAUUUUAUUGUAGUUUUAUGGGCAAUAUGGAGGAUGUAAGAAGGGUAGCUUCUUAUGUUGUGCGACUGCUACAAUCACAAGAGAAAAUAAGUUCAAAAUGCAUAUGUAAUGUUCAAAACUUAUUAAGAUAG